UAGAAGUCAUCACGGGCUCGUGCACGCUACGGGCUCGUGCACGCUUUGAUCACGCAUCACCACCAACUUCAAAACCUCACAACUCAAUCAAAUAUGAAUGGAUUUCUACCAAAUUGAAAUACAAGAGGCUUUUGGUGUUUCACUUUCAUUCUAUAACCACCACGGAGUCGUCGUGCCAUUUGGGGGGGUUGCGCAUUCGCUGAGGCCGGCCAGAGGUCGCCUUCACAACCCCAUCCUCCCCCUCACACUCCUGCUCAGCAGAAGGCUCCUCAAGAAUAGUGAAUACAACCGUCUUAGCCUUCUGCUUCUGCUGCAUCAACUUGCUCUCCUCUUUGAGCUGCUUGUUGAACUCACGUGCAUAACGAGCAUCAUCUGCAGCGCGCUUCUUCUCGCCCUCAGCAUCUAGCUGAUGCUUUUUCUUAGUAGCUUUGCUAGCCUUCGUCAUUUCCUCAAUUCUUUGCUUGUC